AUGGGAAAGUGCUGGAUAUUAACAGCCAGAAAUGAGUCGAAUGAGGGCGAUAUCGCGGUAGUGCGUACAACUGUCAAAGAUGAUCCUAGUAGCGCCACUCUCACUGUGGUCACGAACGAAUCCGCGCAAUAUAAAGUAAGAGUUGCUCUCACCGUCUCUGGAGUUGCCGCCAGCGAUGUUGUAAAGAAAGAGGCCAGAAAUGCCAUGAAAGACGACGAAUGGCUUAAAACGCUAAAAACUAUAUUUCUCGGAGAACCAGAUGCUUACAAGAAAAUUGAAGAUGGCUCCUCCUAUAUUGUCAAAUGGAGUUCGAAUGGAGAUGAGCUAGUACUGGCUAUAAAACUAUCAUUCGCUGCUAAUAAAAAUGUUACCAUCAGUCUUGGAAAGGUGGUCUGUGCUGUUGCAUCCAAAGGCUCUAGCUCAAAAACUCUCAACAAGCUUCUUCAAAUGUACGACGACUUCUAUUCGUCAGUAGCUUCCGAAUGGACUAAACAGAACCUCAGGGCCCAGAAUGAAAUAGACCGGUUGAAAGAACAGGUUAAACAGCUGACAGAAGCCAAGCUGACAUAUGAUGAGGAAAUUAUGAAUCGGUUCACCCUGCUACUGAACACUAAAAAAGCAAAGAUUAGUGAACUUUCUGGUAAUGGCUCGACACAGUACGACCGUAUACCCACCAUCAAACGAGAAUUUGAAGAGUUGCAGGAACCUGAACCCGAGUCGAAAUCAAGAUUAUCAACAGAACCAGACAUAGUAGAAGACAAAGUAGAAGUAGAAGUAAAAGAGCCGAUAAUCAAGGAAGAACCAAUCGAUAUUCCUGACGAAAUUGAACAAGAAACCCCGAGCACCUCGGAGGCAGAAACAACUGAAGGGGAAACGGACUCCGACUAG